AUGUCUCAUAUGAACGGUGUCGACGGGAACUGGCACAAUGCCAGCGGAGGAGGGAUUCCUUUUCGCCCUCCUACCGUCCACGAGGCCCUCCCAUACUCCCCGUUCACCUCAAUAAUUCCCUUCUCGCCAGACGUUAUCCCAUACCCAUCGACGGCACCUCCUACUCCACCGACGACUUUGACACCGGAGCAACAGACUGCAGGAAAGAGAGCCUUAGAGGCCCUGGGCAAAGGUUUAGAGAAUCCUGGCGCCUCUCGUCAUGUUCAUGAUACGAUGGCACAGCUCCAGCACCUCCUGAACCCGGAUGAGCUCUCCGAAUUUAACUUCAAAUCUCUCAAGCAUUUCGCGUCACCUUCACCCGACACCUCCACGUCUCACUUUACGAACGGCUCUGUACCAACUCAAACAGCUACCUUAAGUCCUUUCGCUUCCAGGCUGCUACAUACAACGAACAUAGCGUACCAACAAGGCACCUCGCGUCCAUCAACACACCCUCAGUCGGUUCGAGCUCAGCAGCGACAAAAUACGGUCCAUGUUUCGGCUCAAACACCAUCUAGCGCAGGCUUUAAGACUCCACAGAACGUUGCGCACGCCUUGAAUCCUGUGCACCAGAAACCUACCCCCUCCCCUUCUCCAGCCUUCAAGUCUACAUCUGGCCAUGUAGGACCAAGUGUAGUGGUCAACCAAUUGCCAUCAGAGAAGAAAAAAGAACAUCAGCGCUACGACAAUAUAGAAAACGGUAACAGUGCGACGUCGAAGCAGGUUUUACAAUCCCACGAUACCAUAGCAGCUAUGCGACCACAAGAGCGGGAAGUCGCCGAGCGAAGGCUGCAGAAACUUGGAAUUGAGAUUGACAGGAUUUCGGCUGAGAAGGAUGAUCCCGACGAAUCGACCUUGUUCGCCACCUGGACGACCGAUGAAGGAGAUGUGACCGUUCUAGGAAGCAAGGCUAUUGCGACACUUUCUGAAGCUAUCUCAGGCAUUGUUGAGCUUGGAUGCUUCACUUCGGUACCGCAGGAACAGGUCUUACAAAUCCAGUCUCUCUGCGAGCCUCUGAUCACAGCAACAAGUCAUUCAUCGCUGUAUCUCGCGACUAGUGACGCAGAGGAAACACUCAGCCAUAUCCAGAGAGCGAUAGCUGGUUUGCGAGCCAGCAAGUUGGUCUUGCAGACCAUGACCGAAUCUUACGAUAGCCGACGUACCUGCUCAGAAGAUCUAGUGCAGAUUAUAGUCAGGGUAUUGAAGAAGGUCCUCGAAUCAUGCAUACUUCCAAUUGUUGAUGCACGGCCAUCGUCCGAUCCGGAGAUAUUCGAAUUUACGCGCGAGCGAAGAAAAGAGGUUCUCAAAGUUCUACAGCUAAGUGGAAGUAACCUUAGUUUACUGGCGCUUCUCGUCGGGAAAGUCAAAUUAACGGCAAUGGCGUUGAGUCCGCUUGAGUCGGUGGCCAUCAGUAUUGUCUUCGCCCAAAAUAGUGAGAAGGACUCUGAUUCUGCACUGGGGGCGAUGCAAAAGUUCGAGAACUUCCGACAGAAGUCUAUGGAUGUCUUAGCCCAAAUCUUCGCUUUCCAUUCGGAUCAAAGAGAAUCUAUCAACAAUGAGGUCCUAAGCAAUUUGGAAAAGCUUCCCGACAAACGUGCCAGUGCUAGACAGUUCAAAUCUGCGCGCGAUGCACCUAUCAUGCUGGUAUCUGCAUUGUUUAUGCGCUUUGUCCAGGCUGCGGCCAGUAGAACCUCUCGCCAGCUCGAUGGCGAACACUCUGACCACGAUCUCGUUUCAGAGGAUGAGUCGUCGGACGACGAGGAAGCAGAUUCGGGUGCUGAAAAGUCAAGAAAGCCGAAGGGUCCCCAGAAACGAUUCGAUGCUACCAUCCGGGACCUAUGGCAUUCUGCCAUCACCACAGCCUCGUAUAUUGCCAGUUAUCUUGUCAAUCGUGCGUCCAGUGUCUCGAAGUCUGGCGAUAAACCCUUCAGAAUAUUGCUGGACUACUUCAUUCAAGAUUUCUGCAACGUACUAGGGUCGCCCGAAUGGCCCGCAGCAUCAAUCUUGCUAGAGAGAAUCCUGGUCCUCAUGAUUCAGAUAGCGGAUAAUGUGAAGGACAAUGGCGUCAAUGCCGUGGACAUGGCAUUAGCUGUAAUGGGAAGCAUGGGUAGCGGUAUCCUCGAUUUUAAACACCGCUUGAAGCAUGUCAAAAGGGGCCUUGAUGUUUCCCAAUCGGAUACAUCAAGCAGACUCGUACCCCUAGCAGACGAUGCCUUGAAAGCAGGUAUUAACAAGCACGAUGUUGUAUCAUUGAAGGGUCCGUUCGCGGAAGUUCUUCGAUCGCUGCCAAAUUUUCUCAACGGCCAGGGGUCGCAUCCUGGCAAAAGCGACCCAUAUCUUCUUUCACUUAGUGGCUUCUACGUUACCUCAUGGGCGAACACCUUUUAUCAAGCAUUUCCCCGCGACCAGGAUGAUCAGCCACAAGAUCACACUCUGAAUGAAAUCGAGCGGCAGCUGAAGAAGAUAGCCACGGACAGUAAAGUGCUGCUCGCGGAUUCUACCUUUCAUGCAUCAGAGAAUGAAACAAAACUCGCAGCAGGGAUUAUAUCUUUACAGGAACGUUUCUGUAUAUAUCUUCCUGCCUUGAUCAAUCGUUUCAUCCAGAACACCAAAAGCGAAUCGGCUAAGAUCAAAUCUCGAGCGGUCACUAGUCUCUCUGCUUUGAUUGAUAAGGAUCCACAAACUCUAGACGAAAAUACGUUCGGCCGUUUCGCUGGACUACUGGCAGACAGUUCGCCCCAAGUCCGCGCCAACACUCUCAACCUGCUCUCGAAAUGUCUCGAGCAAGAUCCCUCUCUUGAGCGCUUUUGUUUACAACGCAUACUUGCUGUCAUGACCGAUUCCUCGAACGAGCCAAAGAAAAAGGCCAUCAAAAUCUUGAGAGAUAUCUAUGUUGGGCUUACGAGGCAAGACAAAACAGUAAAAGACAAAAAGCUCACGAUCGCUACUGGUUUGCUUUUGCCAAUACUCGAUGAAGAGAAGGCCGUUGCGGAGCUGAGUCGCCAGACACUGGAGGAAAUCUGGUUUAAUUCAUCUGCAGUAUCGUCUCGAUCAGAUCAAAGCCAACUGAAAUUGGAACGAGAAACCAGAGCAACACUCAUUGUGGAUACUGUGCAGGUAAUCCAGGGUCGACAAUGCACCCCCGAUCACAUUCGCGCUUUCGAAACGUUCUUCAGUCGCUCUUUAUCUACUGAUGCAAAAAAUGCAAGCUCAAAUUUCCAGACAUGCAAGGCUCUAGUGGCAGACAUUCUGGAAGGCGUCAUUGGCAUUGAUCAGGCCACUGGCGAAAUGACACAAUCUCGGAUGCUGCAAGCGAUGGCUUUCUUCGCCAAGAUCAAGCCUGCACUAUUCACAGCUGAGCAAGUGCAGCUUCUUAAGCUAUAUGUUAAGAACCUCAACAGUUUUGAGGACCUCGCUCUUUUCCAGCCAACGAUCGUCAUCUUCCGCUACGUUUUCCCUUCUCUCCCGUCUUUGCAAGAGGUCUUUCUAAAGGAGGUACACCUCAACCUCCAGAAGGUCGUGAGCAGAAUUGGACCAAAUACCGCUGCAGCUAUGUUGACCGCUAAAGCUGCCGAAGCCACAGCCACUUCCGAAGCUGCGAAAGCUCACGAAGCAUCUGAGGUGGCCAGACUGGGAAAGCGUGAGACAUCAGCUCCACUGGAUGGUACUGUUGCGGACGAAGCACAAGAAGUCGCAACUGCCGCACAAGCGAAAGCAGCAGCGGCCGCCAUGAAAGCUACUGAUGCUAGUGAGACUCUAGCAAGGUGGAUGAAUACCUUGAUCGAUGUGGCCCACUGUCUCUGGAUGAUCAGUCCUCUCGUCAAAGCAGAGCCGGGCAAAUCAAAAUCAGGUCUAGACAAAUUGUUCACUCAAAUGGCGUCUACCGCAGCUUUUCUUGAACCAUACAGUUCGAUACCGAUGGAGGAAAAGAACAUGAAGACAAUCCUUUGGCUCAUGAUCGUCCUCGGCGUCUUCGGCAAAGUUUGUGAUUUUGACAAACACGUAGACGCUUUUAGACCCAUCAUUGCCGCCCAAGCUCGUAACGCCAUAGCGCAGAAGAAAGUCAACCCGAAGCAUAUCGAGAAGCUCAGCAAGUGGAAGGGCUCCUCAAUUGCAGUUCUUUUGCUUGAUAUAAUACUGCCAUUCGCCCGGCAGCCAUGGGAAUCCGUUUAUCGAGCUCAGGCUCUGCGAAGCUUGGGAGAAAUCUGCCAACGCUAUCCAAAGCAUUUUACUCGCGCAGAUGUGGACAAAACCUUCAGGUUACCCUUCAUCAACGAAGAUCUUGAACUGAUGCGCGUGGUGCUGACACAAAUUCGCGAUUUCCUUGCACUCGCCGAGCGCCGAUCUGAGACAGGUGCUGAGAUUGCUGUGGGCGAGGGAGCGAUUCAUGGGGCUGAACGACUAGAGUCUUCUUUUGCUGCCACCGAUAAUGACGCGGCUACGAUGCAUCUUGCUCAAAGCUUUCUCAACAACAUCGUCCGAUGCGCACUUGAACAGUCGGAUGACAUGGCACAUUCCGCGACCGACAUCAUUGUCAGCAUCAGUCGGCAAGGCUUGGUUCAUCCCAAGGAAUGCGGCCCACCUCUUGUCGCCUUAAGCACUUCACCUGAUCCUGUCAUCUCCAAAAAGGCUGCCGUUGAACAUACAAAGAUUCACUUGCAUCACGAAACCAUGUUUGAGAAAGAAUAUGUCUCAGCAGUUCGGAUGGCAUUCAAAUACCAAGGCCAAGUAUUCAGUGACCACCGUGGAGUCGUGGACAAAACCAUGAAACCUAAGAUGCAGCUUCUCUUUGAAGCCCUGAAACAGGGUUCCCGAAAGGUGCUCAAGAAGUUUGUAUCGAAUUUGUUCAGGGAAAUGGACUUUGAUCUAUCAAAGUUGGACAUCAAAGGUCCCUUGCCUGAAUCUAUCCAGUUCGCUCAAUUCUGCCUGGAAAAUUUCGCAGUUUUUGAUUAUUCACGGACUGACGAUGUUCAUCAUGUUUUGUCGACCAUCGAGAGCAUUGUCCUCAAGCAAACCGGUCCAGCGGUCGCCCUUUCGAUUGAAACCGACUUCCCUCAGCCUGGUAUCGAACCCAAACUCGAUCAAGCAGGAAUAGACCAUCCCGAGGUCCCGCUUGUGACCUCUGGUACGGAGGACGCCCUUCCGAAGCUGGAAAAUCCAUACGACUCCAUUAGCGAUGAUCGUCUACGGCAACUCACUGUUGCAUCAAUCAUUCUGCACAUGAUGUGGGAGACUCGCACACAGAUCAGGCGCCAGUACAAUAUUCAAGGCAAGUUAACUGUAAAGGACUUACAAAAGCCUGCAUCUAGAAACAACCUCGUCACGCCAAAGGAAUAUCUCGAACGUAUUCCCGCCAUCACGAAGUCUCUGGACAGUCGAGACGCCAUGGUGAGAGAGUGCAAAAUUCUUGCCGACAUUAUAAAUGUGGACAAGGAACACGCAAUCAAAGAAGACGACGUAGAUCCCAACGAGGAGCUCUCCAUGGCUGGGCAAGGCUAUGAAACUCCGGACGAGGACGACAAAGGAGGGCAAACGCCGAAUAGUGGGCGUAACAGGAAAAGAAAGGGCAGUGCGCAAAUCGAGCGCACUCCAAAGAAAGCACGAGGUCGGCCGAAUGGAAGCAAGGGAAAGAAGAGAAGUUCGCGGACGCCUGAACCAGAUGAUUGGGAUUGA